CACUUCUAAGUUUAAACCAGGUUUUAAUGAAAAAAAUCAAAUUUCUAAAAGCGCUUAAUUUGCCCAAAAUUAAAUAUUACAAAAAUAUCUAGAAAUUCAGUGACUGAGUGCAAUAAACCCAUAUCAGCCCACAAUGGGAGGCACCACCAUUGGAUAUUUAGUUGUCAUGACUACCCCAACGAACACAAAUGUGACCCCCAGAAUAUUUACCAUUUUGCGUGCAACACUCGCUUGAAGAAACCCAAAAAUGGAAGAGGAAAAUUCAUGGGUUUUCGACUCUUUGGUCGCUUUCCUAAACGGCCCCAUCUGGAGCGCGCCUCUGGACAGUUUCAUCGAAGAAAAAUCGCUGAUUUUCGAACCUAACGUUACCGACAACGAGGAAUAUAAGAACAUUUUUGACGAGUUUAAGAAUUUGGUCGAUUUUAUGUUGGGCAAUUUCAUGGAAGACAUCGGGAUCACUCCAGAACAGUUCGAAGAAGCGUGCAAUAAAGGCCACACAUAUCACGUCAAUUUCAACCAUAAUAUUUUUGAACAAAUUUGGGCCGCAAACGACUACGAAAUGUUCAAACGGAUGAUGACCCAAAGAAAUGUUGAGUUGCAGUUGGAAGCUCUUGAGCUGAUCGAGAGGAAGUAUGGAAUCACUCCACAGUCGUUUGUUCCCAAGAAAAAGGACGACAAAGUUGAAACUGCGGUCACAAUCGAAAAGUCGUCCGAUUUCGAAAAGGAAAUUCUAAACGAAGUGGCAAAAAAUUUUCCAAAAGAGGAAGCCUCGUCUUCUGAACCCGAGACAGAGGUUCAGUACAUUUUAGAGGAGAAAGAAAUCCUUGAGAAAGCUUUAAAAGAAACAAAAGAACCGAAAGUGACGGAAGAAAAACAGAAAAAAGUUGAUGUGAUUAAAACGGAAACGAAGGCUGAAAUAAACUACGACAGAAAGCAGACUGAGAUAAACCCCGCCGAAUUGCAAAAGCGUCAAGAAUACCUCCGUGCCCAACGAGACAAGUUGGUAGCAUUGAAAAAAGAAGCUAGGAAGAAACACUUGGGUUCCGACAACGGCACGAAGGAUAAGGCUAAGGUUCGGCCAAAGUCGGCUAAAGCCGCCGAAGCCGUCCUUUCGGGGGAAAAACCCGAGUCUCAGCAGUUGCAGCUGCGCAAGGCGUUGGCCGAGCGGUUGAAAACGGAGGUCGUGUCAAACAAAAUCUAACUUUUUGCUUAUAUUUAUUACCUAAAUAUAACGAGUACAUUUUUA